AAUAUUUCCUGCCCUCACCGCCACAGUCCUGCGGCUGACGGCAGCGCCGAGCAGUCUCACUUUGGAGAGAAGAGCAGCUUGUCAGUGGGAGGUAACCUACAUGAUGCCCCCCCUCCCUACCUCCCUCCUUUUGCACUUAUCAAUUCAGUGUCCGUUCGUGCUGCGCCGUGCGUUUUUAUUUGGGUACGUAAAUGCCGAGCGCACUGAGGUACUGUAAAAAAGCGCACCGAUGGAUGCAGCCCGCGUGCGCGUCUUGGAGCGGGGUAAUUUGUGAUCACAUUUUUUGAAGCAGCUUUAAAACACACUGCAGUGGACAGAGAGAAAAAAAAGAGAGGACAGACGGGGCUUCUUGGACGAGCUGUGGAUAAUAACCCCUUAGUAAUUUCUUACCCCCCGCGCGCGCGCGCGUGUGUGUGUGUGUCACAUCAAUGGAUAGGCGAGGCUUGAAAUGCCGAAAUGCAUACAUAGAUGGAACGAGGGCGCAGAAGUGAUGACUGCCUUUGGUGAACUCUAAGUCCCGUCCAGACAGGGGGUGAAAUCAAGGCUCGGCGCGGAAAACAUGUAAGAAUUGGUGUACAACGAAGGCUCCUCACACUUGAAGCCGCACUGCCUGAAUUGCUGAUGGGGUUUUAAAUAAAGGCUUCUUGAGGAUACCAGCUGGAUUUUUUUUCCCUCCUUCUUCUUCUUUCGAUGUUGCAUCCCAGCUUAACGCAUUCUUCCUCUCGAAAAUGGAGAACGGAGCAACCUAAAGAGAAGAUAUUGUGUGAUCUGGACAACUUUGUCAAUCCUCCGAUGCACAGGAUACCUAUUCACUCACAAAACUGCGGGACUUCUUUCACCGAUAUAACCAGGAGGGGGAAAUAGAAAUAAGCAUCUUGAAAUCCGCACUGAGUUGUGAGGUGAAAUCUAAUCAGAUUCAGCCGGGUCGAUGACUAAGAAGUAACAAAAAAACAAAAAAAAGGGACUUGAAGAAAAAGUUCCAUUUGAAAAGCGGGACGCUACAAUAACCCCACCUCUGCCCCCUCGAUGUAUGGAUGAUGGUCUGUCACACAGUCUAAUGACGGGCUCUUCAGGAUCUAUCCACCUGGAAACUGACCACACGAGGUUCUCCGUGCUCUACACGUUGUGGAGAGGUUACUUUUUUUAACCUGUAAUUUCAGACAGUGUUACUUCACAUCUACCUAACUCAUCAUUUGGAGAAAAACCCGGGACCACAGAGGGUAUCGCUUUACAUCGGGAGAGUAGUUUCAACAAUGGCACUUGUGGGUGCCUUCGUGUUCUGUGCGUCCUGAGAGAGAAAGAGAAAAGAGAGGAAAUAUCGGAUGCGUUGUCAUCACUGUGAGAGUUAAUAGCAUGUUCAUUCUGACUGAUGUGUGGAUUACAUACCACGUCGCUGUGAGAGUGGGGAAACAAUGUGUCUGACAAGAGAAUAUCACCACGGAUUCUGCAAAAUCGCCUGAGAAUUGCGGAUGUUUUGUCGAUGCAGUUUUUGGGGAGGGAGCGGAAGAGGCACCGUUCUCCGUCUAAAGCAGAGAUCCUGCAGACCUCGGCGUCUUCGUGAACAAGGACAGCUUUACGGUGGAUUGGAAGUUAACAUGAGGAUGACCAGAACCCCUUGGAACUGUGAUUGAUUGGCAGUGAGCCCAAAUCCUCAUUCCAAAGAGUGGAAGACCAGUCAAUGAAUUAUGAAUGUUAAACAAGAUGACCUCCUCUCAGCAGCAGCAGAUGAUGCGAGGUCCUAGGUGGAACCGGGCCUUGUCCGACCCUUUGUUUGUGCUGCUUCUGGCCCUCCAGCUGUUGGUGGUGGCAGGGCUGGUACGUGCUCAGACGUGCCCUUCUGUCUGCUCCUGUAGCAACCAGUUCAGCAAAGUCAUCUGCACGCGGCGAGGCCUGCGGGAUGUCCCUGAUGGCAUCUCCACCAACACGCGCUACCUGAAUCUGCAAGAAAAUCUCAUUCAGGUCAUAAAGGUGGACAGCUUCAAGCACCUGAGACAUCUGGAGAUCCUGCAGCUGAGCAAAAACCACAUACGCAAAAUUGAGCUUGGGGCCUUCAAUGGACUGGCCAGUCUCAAUACCUUGGAGCUUUUUGAUAACCGCCUCACCACUAUCCCAAACGGGGCAUUUGAGUACUUGUCCAAACUAAAGGAGCUUUGGCUGAGGAAUAACCCCAUAGAGAGCAUUCCCUCCUAUGCUUUCAACAGAGUGCCCUCAUUACGGCGGUUGGACCUUGGGGAGCUCAAACGGCUCUCCUACAUAUCUGAGGGGGCCUUUGAAGGGCUGAGCAAUCUACGCUACUUAAAUCUGGGAAUGUGCAAUCUGAAGGAAAUUCCCAACCUUAUUCCCCUGGUGAAGCUGGAUGAACUGGAGAUGUCGGGGAACCAGCUAACUGUCAUCCGACCUGGCUCUUUUAAAGGGCUCAUUCAUUUGCAGAAGCUAUGGAUGAUGCAUGCCCAGAUCCAGACCAUAGAAAGGAACUCUUUCGAUGACCUGCAGUCACUAGUGGAGCUCAAUCUAGCCCAUAACAACCUUACCCUCUUGCCCCAUGAUCUCUUCACUCCUUUACAUCACCUGGAGAGGGUGCACUUGCACCACAACCCGUGGAAUUGUAACUGUGACAUCCUCUGGCUAAGCUGGUGGCUUAAGGAAAUGGUACCAGCAAACACCAGCUGCUGUGCGCGCUGCAGCUCACCAACCCACCACAAGGGACGAUACAUUGGCGAGCUGGACCAGAACUACUUUCACUGUUAUGCUCCUGUUAUUGUGGAGCCUCCCGCAGACCUAAAUGUGACAGAGGGAAGUGCUGCGGAGUUGAAAUGCAGAGCCAGCUCCUUGACCUCAGUAAGCUGGAUUACACCCAAUGGUUCCAUCAUGACACACGGUGCUUACAAGGUCAGAAUCUCCGUGCUGAAUGACGGCACUCUGAACUUCACCAAUGUUACCAUGCAGGACACGGGCACGUACACAUGUAUGGUCAGUAAUUCUGCAGGUAACACAACAGCAUCUGCCACACUCAAUGUGUCCUCAACAGAGAACAGCAGCUUCAGCUACUUCACCACAGUGACAGUGGAAACCAUAGAAACGCCACAUAAUGAAGGCUUCACCACCGCAGUGCAACAGAAGGUAGGCCCCACUCCCUCUGCUGGUAUGUGGGAGUCUGUUUCACCCACCUCUACAACUACCACCACAGUCCGGACCCCAGUCUCCACCCGCGCCACAGAGAAGACUUACACAAUCCCCGUCACGGAGCUGGGUGGGGAGGGCUCGCUCAACGGCUUGGAUGAGGUAAUGAAGACGACCAAGAUCAUCAUUGGCUGCUUUGUUGCAAUCACACUCAUGGCAGCGGUCAUGCUGAUUAUCUUCUACAAGAUGCGCAAACAGCACCACCAGCAGAACCACCAUGCGCCCACACGCACCAUUGAGAUCAUCAAUGUGGACGAGGACUGUGUAACAGGAGGCCCGGGCAUGGAGGGCCACCUGACCCUGCCUCCUCUUGAGCACGAGCACCUCAACCAUUAUAACACCUAUAAGACAGCAUACAACCAUGCCUCCACUAUCAACUCCAUACACAGCUCAGCGCACGAACCUUUGUUAAUCCGGGCCAGCUCAAAAGACAAUGUACAAGAGACCCAAAUCUAAUACUUUUUUUCAAACUGAGACAUUAUAAAACUGAUGGAAUUACAUAAAAACAUUACUGACAGGACAUUACUGACAUUUGGUUGUGAGGACUGUGGCUCACACAUGGAGGAACAGACUCGUGUGUUUGGCAAAUCAGUGGCUGGUGAUGUUUAUUCAAUGACUUUGGGAAUUAGGGUAUGUCUACUGUUUCAAAAAGUGUCUUUACAAAACAGAAGUUAUUUAUUUAAGAAAAAACUAUCGUGGUUAAAUCAAGAAAAAACUGUAUUCUGCAAUUAUUUUUUCAGCACUUAAUUCAUGUUUUGUUUUUGAUUUUUUCCUUCCUCUCAUUUCACGGGAUUGGUUUACUAAUAUGCUUUCAAACUCUGUUUGAAGACAUCUGUUGAAGAAAAACUCCUGAAGCAAAUUAUUGUUCUUUUUUUGGUAAACUGCAGUGUUUGGAUCAGAUGAGAUAGUAACCUCGUUUCUCCCAUGUAUCAAAGGAAUCUAGAGCACAUUAGUGAUUUUCUCCAGCUGUGGAUUAAGUGAUGAAAUCUUUUGUGACCAUCUGUAACUGAGAUGAAUUGAACACUUGUUCAUUAUUUUACAGUGAGUGACAGAACUGUCAGUGACGAAAUUUGAUCAUAAUUCACUGUUUAAUUAUAUCUGUCACAUACAUAUUAGCCACUCUCUGCUCUGUCAUCAAUAGACUGAGGAUCUUAAGUGAGGGGAAUAUGUCCUGCUGUUGUAAAAGUUGAGCCUCACUUUUAGAAGUGCAUUUUAGUUAAAUUAAAUUCUACUGAUUAACUAUGAAAGAAACUUACAUUUGUCUUUGUGUUCCUAAUGUAAAUGCAAAAUUUGAUCCCUAAUCUCCACUUGUUUUGACUCAAGUUCCCAGAUUCUCUGAGACGUCGCCUGAUUAUUAUGAGAACAUUCCAUAAAUUGCAUUAAGACCAAUUUAGAUUCUGAGGGUCACAAUCAGGAGCAGCAUUAAUGGGUACUUUAGAAUCUGCAUAAUUGUGACUGAAAAAUAGGCAAGUCUUGUGAAGAAUGUAGAUGAUCUACAACUCUGGCAAACGUCCACUGCCUCCAAAUAUUUCCAAUGUAUCAUGGCCUCAUCUUUACCUUACGCUGCUUUGUACAGUGGCAUAUGAAGACGAUUGCUUUGAAGCCCCCCGUUUUUCAUGCUGGGACCCUUUACAGCAUCUGCAGUACUGCAGGACUGAGUGCUGUCAGAAGCAGACUGAUGAGCUGAGGAAAGAGCUUAAACCUUUAUACAGCUGUCUGAGCACAUUGCCUGUCAUCUGCGUGCCACAUUUCCACAUGGGCAGUGCCUGGCAGCCCCAGAUUCACACCCUGCCCCUGCCAACCACAGGACUUGGCCCUGAGCGGCGGGGCUUAUGCUGUGAGAGGCUUUAGGGGUGAAUGUGUGGGAUCGGGCAUCAACCAGAUGUUUGGGCUGCACCUGCCUCUCUCCCUCUCCCUUUGCGUCAACACAAUUUCCAUUUUAAUUGAUGUGCCCAUGGGCUUUGGAUGAACACAGCACUGCAGGCGUCCAUACCCUGGAAACCAUUUCAAAGUCCCCACCGUGAAAAAUGGCGGCAGGCACCAUAAAUGCAGAUGUUAGGCCGACAUUUGUCAGGUCCAGUGCUUAGGGAGAUGCCCAGGGUUUAAUUUUAGGAAGUAAGGGCAGUUUUUGCUCCACUGACAGUAAAAUAAAAAGAAGGGUUAGGCCAAUGUCAAACUUAAGUCAGUUUGUGUUUUCAUUAUACCGAUGUGUUGCAGUAAGUAAAUACAGAGAGAAGAAUUCCUCUUAAAGAAAAACUGCUGUUACAGGUAGUGGUAUGUACUUUCUGUGGAGUAACCUUAAAGCUGGAAGUGGCACUCCACCCAAAAUUCACAGCAUCUUGCAAGUUUAAAACACUCAUCUCCUAUUAAAGGCUUAGAUUAAUGGUGGUUACAGUAGAUUCAAAUGGAGGCGUAAAUGGUUUUCACAGCAAAAAUAGAGUUUUAACACAUCCACUUAAACUUCUCAAAUUACUCCCGCUGCAUAAUUAUCAACUCUGCUGUCCAUCUGUAUGCUCAGUUUAUUUUUAAACAGGCACAUUUCACCAUUUGGCUGCAACACAACACAUCAGCGUCCACUUCCUGUCCUCCUACUGGUCAAAACCACUCCAAAUUAUACUAGCAAGCCUUACUGUGAACUUCCUAAAACAAAGUAUGAACAGCUGGAUAAGAGUUUGACAAGAGUUCACCAUCCCACAUCGGAGAAUAAAGACAAAUAAACAAAAUCACAUGAUUAUAAACCUUUUACAGCCACUUAAAGCCGACAUGGAGUGAGUGCUUACCAAUUAAAAAGACAGAAAAGACAAGUAAGCUACUUCCCAUAGUUCAAUGCGUCAGCAAUUUUCAGGUCGGGAGAAUGAAUAAGAUACAGUAGCCAUCUCAGUAUCUCAUGACUAAGAUAUGAAAAAGAGAAUUAAAUUAAACAACAAGAUAAUGAUCCAAAGCCCCUUUCCCAUGAGACUAAUAUUACCUGGGGUCCUCUUAUGAUUUGUAAUACAAUAAUUGCAUAGAUUGUGUAUGUUAAUAAUCUAUGUCUAUUAUCUGUUAAGCAAAAACUCAUAUUACCUUCCGUAAUUCACCUAAUACAGAGAUCGUUUGAUUAAUAAGUCUGGUGUGAAACAGCGUCAUGUUAUUUAGUUUUUAUCCCCACAGUUUUCUCCCUCUGUCAGGGUACGGAUUAUAGAAGCUGUAGUGGGAAUUAUUAAUGGAGUACAAAUGUAGGAGGUUAUUGGUACGGAGACCUACUGGAUGUUUCAGGAUAAUUUGAUGAUCAAGAUGAUUGUGGAGAUUUGUUGAAUUAAUUGAUUUAUUCACUUUCAAUGUGCUGCACAAAACACUCAGAUGGGGGUGGGUAGAUCUUAAAUAACAGGAGGUCCCCAGAUAAUUUUAGUCCAGACAGAAUCAGAUAAUUGAUCACCCCAUACAUGCUUUCUUUUUCGUCACCCCCUGACACUGUUUAUCUCAUAAUUGCACUUCUGUGGAGUUUGGCACAUUUGUAAACCAUAGGAUGACAUGGGUGUGUGUCAUUUAGUCUGUGUUUGAGUUCCUAGUGGUGGGAUGUGGAUCACAGUUCUGCUCAGUUUAUGUAAGAGAGUGUAACCAUCCUCCCUUUUUUGCCUUUAGUUGGAGGUAAAUUGUCUGAAAAUUUAAAUGGUAAAUUUGUUGCAUUUUAGUCGAGCUGUCUCAUGUAUGUAAGAUAUCUAAAUAUUUUUUGGUCAAUAUUCUUUUUAUUUUUUGUUUUCCACUUUUUUGUUCUUUUUUUUUUCUUUCUGAGAGGGAAUGCUGUUCUAGUGGUAGAUUUAUAUAAAAAUACAUUUUGAGAAUAAAACUAAACAAAAACAAAAUUUUUUAAAUUUUGAUUUUACAUGUGCCAACAACCUGUUCUAAAAGUGAAAAAGAGAAACAUGCUGUAAAAGAAUAAGAGAUUGAUUUUCAUGUAAGCAUUCUUUCAUGACCUUUAAAAGAUAUGGAGAUCGAUUAUAGAGACCAGAGUUUGUAGUUCAUACACAAAAUAUGGUUAAAAUAAAC